UUUCAGCAAAGGCCUUAUGAUGUAUUCUUGAGUUUUCGAGGCAAAGACACUCGUUCCAAUUUCAUGUCGCAUCUUCAUGCAUCUCUUGAAAAUGCUAGUAUCUAUGUUUUCAAGGAUGAUGAUGAGGAAGCAAGAGGGGAAAAUAUCUCACUUUCCCUUCUAAAAGCAAUUGGAGAGUCUAGAAUUUCUAUCAUCAUUUUGUCACCAAAUUAUGCAGAUUCAAAAUGGUGCUUGCAGGAGUUGGAAGACAUAAUGAGAUGUUAUAAUAAUCAAACUCAAAAGGUGUUGCCAGUGUUCCACCAUGUUGAUCCGUCGGAAGUGCGAAAUCAAGCUGGUAAAUUUGGAGAGGCUUUUGAAGAAUUUAUAAAGAAAAACCCCCAAAAUAAAGUCAAAGAGCAGGAUUGGAGGAAAGCACUCCGUGAUGUCGGUUCCACUGCUGGAUUUGUUGUUCAAAAUUGGAGGAAUGAAAGUGAGGAUAUUAAGAAGAUUGUUGAACAUGUUACUCAUAUGCUAGACCUGAAUGAAUUGUUCAUUGCUAAUCAUCCAGUAGGAGUAGAAUCUCGUGUAAAAGAGCUGAUUGAACUACUAAAAAGCCAUCAAUCAGAAGAUCCUCUACUAUUAGGCAUAUGGGGCAUGGGAGGGAUCGGUAAAACAACCAUUGCCAAAGCAGUUUAUAAUAAAAUUUGCCGUCAGUUUGAUGGUCGAUGUUUCCUCUUAAAUAUCAGGGAAGUUUGGGAUCAAGAUAAUGGUGGCCUUCAUUUGCAGCAGCAACUUCUUUCUUCUGUCUAUAAGACAACAAAAAUAAAGAUACAGAACAUAGAAUCUGGAAAAUCAAUAUUAGAGAAAAGGCUUGGACAGAAAAGGAUACUUGUUGUACUUGAUGAUGUGGAUAAAUUGGAGCAACUUAAUGCUUUGGCUGCAAGCUAUAAAUGGUUCUGUCCAAGGAGUAUAAUAAUCAUCACAACAAGAGAUGAAAGAUUUCUUAGUUGGCUUGAAAUUGACAAAAGAUACAAAAUGGAAGGGUUGAAUGAGGAAGAAUCUAUUGAACUUUUCAGUUGGCAUGCAUUCAAAGAACCACGUCCUAGGAAAAAAUUUGCUACACUUUGUGGUGAAGUUAUUUCCUAUUGUGGGAAUUUGCCAUUAGCUCUUGAGGUCAUUGGGUCACAUUUGUUUGAAAGGGGAAUAAAAGAGUGGAAGAGUGUCUUGAACAAACUCAAAAGCAUUCCCAAUAAAGAAGUGCAAAAGAAGCUUAAGAUAAGCUUUGAUGGUUUAAGUGAUGACAAAGAUAGAGAAAUAUUCCUUGAUAUAGCUUUUUUCUUUAUUGGAAUGGACAAAAAUGAUGUCACUGAUAUACUAAAUGGUUGUGGACAUUCUGCUGGAAUUGGAAUAAGUAUUCUUUUGGAGCGAUGUCUUGUAACUGUUGACACUAAGAAUAAACUUCGAAUGCAUGGUUUGCUGAGAGACAUGGGAAGAGAAAUCAUUCGCGAGAGUUCUCCAACAAAACCUGAAGAACGUAGUAGGUUAUGGCAUUCAGAGGAGGUGCUUGAUGUAUUAUCAAAAGACUUGGGAACAAAAGCUACCGAGGGAAUUGCUUUGAAGUUAUCAAGGAUGAAUCCAAUUUGUUUGAAGACCAAAGCAUUUAAGUACAUGAGGAGACUCAGAUUACUUCAACUUGCUGGUGUGCAACUUAAAGGAAACUUCAAACACCUUUCGACAGACCUUCGAUGGCUAUGCUGGCAUGGAUGCCCUUCAAGAUAUACAGAAGCAAAGUUUGAUCAAAGAAAUUUAGUUGCCAUUGACUUAAAAUAUAGCUACCUCCAACAUGUAUGGAAGAAGGGCCAGAUGAUGAAGAAACUGAAAAUUCUCAAUCUUAGUCAUUCCGAACACUUGACACAUACUCCAGACUUUUCAUACUUGCCCAAUCUUAAAAAGUUAAUACUCAAAGAUUGUCCAAGAUUGUGUUCAAUCUCCCACACCAUUGGACAUCUCAAACGAAUUCUUCUAAUCAACUUGAAAGAUUGUACAAGCCUUCGAGUGCUUCCGAAAAGCAUCUACAAAUUAAAAUCUCUCAAAACUCUCAUUCUGUCUGGAUGUACAAAGAUUGACAAAUUGGAAGAGGACUUAGAACAAAUGAAAUCUUUGACAACAUUGAUGGCAGAUAACACUGCUAUAACCAAAGUUCCCUAUGCACUACCAAGAUUAAACAACAUUGUUUACAUUUCUUUGUGUGGGUUCGAAGGAUUGUGUCGUAAUGUGUUUCCUUCAAUCAUCUGGUCAUGGACCUCUCCAACAAAUAAUCUCUCACCCCAAAUGCAUACAAAUUUGGACCUGUCAAAUCUUGUUUCCAUAAUGGUAUCCAAUAGCAGUAGUUCCCAUGCAGGCCUAUCAUCCAUCAUUAAAGAGCUUCCAAAGGUUCAGAAUCUUCAAUUGGAAUGUGGCUCACAACUAAACAUGUCAGGAAAUGUAAAUUUAGUUUCUUCUAGUGUCACAAAUUUUAAGGAACUGGAAGCACCAUCAAGAACAUCACAUGUCUCAAAUAUGAAUACCUCAGCAUUAGGUGGUUGUUGCAGUGAAGGUUACAUUUCUAGAUCAGAGAACUCCUUGAAUAUCAUUUUAAUCCGAAUGGGAAUGAAUUGCUUAAUCACAAAAGCACUCAUUCAGAGAAUUUCACAGAAGCUUACUAGCAAUUUAGCUGGAGAUUUUUUGCUUCCUGGAAACAACAAUCCUGAUUGGUUAACCUUCAGCAGUGAAGGUUCUUCUGUGAGUUUUGAAGUUCCAAAAGUUAAUGGCCGCAGCUUGAAGGCGGUGAUACUGUGCAUUGUUUACUCUUCUUCCUCAAACAUCAUAGCAUCUGAAGGAAUAACUCUAAAGAAUAUGAUGAUCAUAAAUUACACAAAAGCCACCACUCAUGUCUAUGAGGGAGAUACCUUGUCUUCACUUAAAGGUGAAGACUGGCAGAGUGUCUUAUCAAAUCUUGAAGCCAGUGACAAAGUGCAGGUUGUUGCUGUUGUUUUGGGGUAUGGAUUCAAAGUGAAGGAAACAACAGUUUAUCUCAUAUAUGAUGAUCCAAUUGACCAAACCAUGAAGCAACAGGAUGAAGGUAUUGUUUCUGGUAUUGAUAUGGUAGCAGAUGAGAAUGUAACUGUCCAUGGUGGAGAUGAAAAAGAAGAAUUUAAACUCCUUAGAAAGAGAAAAUUCCAAGAGUAUGAUGAUACAUCUAGUGAAGAUGACAGAGUGGGAGAUGUUUAGAUGAUCAUCAAGAAGUAUUACCACUUAGCUUGUUAGUUUGAGCUGAAGCUGUAGAUUAACCGUAGGUUAAGAAAUAAAAUUUAAUCUGGGAUUUAUCUGUUAUGUCCUAAAGU